GAGCGGGGCGAUGAGCAGGCAGACCCUGCUGCCAAGUCGCUGGAAAGGAAGUGGCCGUUUCUAAAACCAUUUGUUUAAAAAAAAUCGGUGUUUAAUCUCAGCGGUGCUGUUGAGUUAUGGAGACCCACACGCUCGCCACCCUGCCUCCUUCCCCUCCACAGAUGUUCACCUGAAACGCCCUCGGAAUACGUCUCUGUCACGUGUCUAACAACGCGCGCUUGGGAGCAAGCGUGGAGAAAGUUUCCAAAACAGCGAUGCCAUCUACCCGCUUGCGGCGCGGGUGGCGGUGUCGUCCGAGGCCGUGACCCGGGUUCCCCUUCACUCCGGCCCCCACUGGACGCUCGCCUCCCCCCAUCCCCUCCACCCCCCCUAACCAACCAGCUCCAGACGGCCACACCCAACUACUCGAACCGGAGUGCGGGGCCGUCACUGCGCACGUGGCUUGGCCCAGCAGCUAAUCGUUCACAGAUCGAGAAACUUGAAUUCCGCCUCGACACGAAGCCCGGUUAUUUGUGCCAAGUUCAAUCUUCUGCAAACCUCCCAUUACGAAACGCGUUUCUGAGACGCCUGACCUGGCAGGAGUGGCAUCGCCGGCCCAAGGGGUUUAUUUUUCACUUAAAUUCCACUUUGGACAAUUUCAAGAAAUCCACUUUGUAAUGUAAGAUUCACUUACGGAUGUUGGAUGGCGGGGUUGGUGUUAUUUCAAGAAAUAUAGCCCAUGAAUAUUACAUGUUAAAAAUGUAAAUUAAUUUUUUUUACACAGCAAGAGAAAGUUUGCCACGUUGUGUGCACACAUUCUAAUUCACGAACUCUAAAAAUCGCUUAUUGCCGUUUGAAGAUAUUUAUGUAACGAGUCGAGUUUUGGGAUAAGCUGGAAAUCACGGGGUGGGGGGGGGUAGGGCUUCGUGUGUGCCCCCCCACCCUCUGCUAGCACUCCCCAUCUGCCUCGCGUUCCCCCACCUGCCCCAGCGCCGGCCUCAUCGGGUCCCGCCUCCCUCCCCCUACGCUGGGAGACGUCGAGGCGUGCGCUCGGGGAGAGGGUCUGGGCCACGCACAGUCCGCGGCCUCGCUGGGACGAUGGCGACCGCCCUGCUGCUGCUGCUGCGUUUUCUCUUGCUGGCGGUGGCCGCUGCGCCCCCGUCCAGCAUGCAACCGUUCGGCUCCACCGCUCGCUUGCACGACGAGACGGUGGAGGAGCUCCGGAAGGAGAUCGAGGACAUCUGGCUCGAGCUGAAGAUGCUGAAGGAGCAGCAGGCCCUGCAGACCGUGUGUCUGCGCGGCGAGAAGGUGGGCCGCAAGUGCCUGCUGGUGGAGGAGGAGCCGGGCGAGCUGGAGAAGACCUUCUACGAGGCGGGCGAGGCGUGCGUGCAUCUCGGCGGCUCGCUCGCCGUGCCGCGCGACGCCGACGAGAACGCCGCCGUCGUGCGCCUCGCCCGCCGGGCCCUGGGCCCCAUCGCCAACGUGUGGGUGGGCCUGAGCGACGUGGCCUCCGAGGGCGCCUUCCGGGACCAGUCGGGCGUGGCGGUGAACUUCACGAUCUGGGAGGACGCCAUCUCGGGCCAGCCGGACGGCGGGCGGCGCGAGAACUGCGUGGCGCUGUCGGUGAUGCUGGACGGGAGGUGGUUCGACGACCCGUGUUACCGCCUGGCGGGGUACGCCUGCGAGUUCGUCGUGCCGUGAACUCGCCGCUCGCGUCGUUUGCACCGAUCCGAUCUCGCCGACAUCCUCGAGUUUUGUUUGGAGCUCAGAACGCAAACGCCAAUUAACGUAGGCAGUGACUCUACUUACUCUUUGGUUCUAUUGGGUAAAGUCACGUAGGUGAAAAUAAAAUAACAAAAAAUCACGACGUUUCG